CAAAUUCUCAUAGUUAUGUUGCUUUCCAGGUUUGCUACACUGUUGCAUCAGUGCAUAGGUUCCAUCAAGCGUGGUUCUGCUAAAGAGGUUGCUUUGGCUGCUCACGCUAUUGGACUUUUGGCUUUGACUGCUGGACCUGGAGACAAAUCGCAAGAAAUACUGGAAGACUCAAUCUCUCCUAUUUCUGAGGCCCUCAGAUCUCGAAGUGAAGUAUCUAAGAUGUCUUCGUUAUUGGAGUGUCUGGCAAUCAUCACUUUUGUUGGUGCUGAAGAGCCAGAGCAAACGGAAAAAUCAAUGCAAAUAAUGUGGCAAGUGGCUCAUCCAAAACUGGGUCCCAAUGUCAAAGCAGGUAGACCUUCGCCAGCUAUGAUAACCACAGUAGUGUCUGCUUGGUCAUUCCUGCUUACAACUGUGGAUGGUUGGACGCUUAACCAAAAAAGUUGGCAAGAGCCAAUUUACUACUUUUCUACUUUACUGGAAAAGGAGGAGAGAUCUGUGCGCAUUGCAGCUGGUGAAGCUCUUGCUUUAAUUUUUGAGGUGGGGAGCUUGGAGAAGUUUGCGGGUGAAUCUAAGGGAUCCAGUGAUGGCUCUAACAGUGAAGCAGACAAAUCUCGGGAGCUGGUGCAUAUUCAGGGUCUGAGGGGUAAAAUCUUAAACCAAGUGAGGAAUCUUUCAACAGAGGCUGGUGGCAAAGGUUCUGCAAAGAAAGAUCUCAAUAGCCAAAGAAAUACAUUUCGCGAUAUCUUGGAAUUUCUCGAGGAUGGAUAUAGUCCAGAAACUUCAAUGAAGGUUGCUGGAGAGUCUUUGAGCACAACUUCGUGGGCUCAAUUGAUCCAGUUGAAUUUUUUAAAGCAUUUUCUUGGGGGAGGAUUUGUGAAGCAUGUGCAGGAAAAUGAAUUUCUUCAUGACGUUUUUGGUUUCAAUCCAAAGAAGAAAUUCAUGUCAGCUGCUGAGCAUCGUUUAUCUGCCAGUGAAAAGAGGCUAUACAGAUCACCAAAUUCCGGUCUUAAUAAGGCAAGGACUCAGUUGCUGAACAAACAGAGGAUGAUAUCCCAGGUAAUACAGAAACUUCUUAUCUGAUUUGUUAAUCAUGGAAGCCACCGUUGUGUUGUUUUAUAGUGUGUGAAUAACAUGGUAUUGGUAUUGGAUCAUUGGCACGUUACUUUGGUACAAUGUAAUCUGUUUAAAAUUUUGGUGCUUUGUGUUGGGAAAUGUGUCAUUUGAGGGAAACUUCUUUGCAGAAACACAUUAUAAUUCGUUUCUGGUAAAUUUGGCAUCUUAAUACGGCUAUAGUUGGUUUGUAUUUU